AUGUUGGUUCGGUCGUUAACAAAUGAUUUGCUCCAACCUGUAUUUAUUCUCGUAACACCUAGACGCAAACCAUUUUUUGCCAAUUAUAAAACGAAAGAAAAAGGAGUUUUCUACUUGAGCCAUGGAUGAUUUAAUUCUCUCCCCAUCUUCAUCUUCUUCCAUUGUUUCCUUUCCCACUACAACCCCUUUAGAUACCCUCCAGCAAAAGCUCCAAAACCUUCUUCAAAACCAGCCUCAACAAUGGGCAUACGUGGUUUUCUGGCAGUCCUUCACCGACGACUUAAACGGCCGUGUCACCUUGUCCUGGGGAGACGGUCAUUUCCAAAACCAUAAGGAACUACAAAACGACCCCGCAAGCAAAAAGUUUGCUCUCAAGGAAAUCCAGUGUCACAAUGCCGAGUGGUUCUAUGUUAUGUCGCUGACCAGAUCGUUUUUUCCUGGAGACUGUUCGGUUCCAGGUACAGCUUUUGCUUUAAAUACUAUGAUAUGGUUAGGUGGGGCGGAUCAGCUACGGGGUUUUAACUGCGAAAGAGCUAAUGAAGCUCAGGUCCACGGUUUGGAAACAUUGGUUUGCAUCCCAACUUCAAAUGGUGUUGUGGAAAUGGGUUCGUAUGAUGUCAUCCAGGAGUCUUGGAACUUGGCUCAUCAGGUCCAGAAUAUGUUCGGUGGUGGUUCUAUAAAGUUGCACAACAUUCAUCAUAAUGUUGUUUCUUUUGCUGAUAUGCUACUUAUGGCUGAUGAGGAGGAAGGUGGUAAGAAUAUUAUGGAUUUUGAUUCAACUACACCAGAUGGCCAGAUGUUUAAGAACACAAGAAUGAUGUGCACCAACACUACGAUGACAGCGACGACGGAUACCUAUGCCGAGACUGCCUCUGAGAAUUCAGAUUCCGAUUGCCAGUUGGUUCUUUCCACAACGACCAAGCAGAAGAAGAGACAACAUAAUAAACGGCCCAAUGUGAAAGGAAAAAAAUCAGGUGGCAGGUUUCCAGCGGGGAACCACGUGGAGGCAGAACGACAGCGACGUGAGAAGCUCAACCAACGAUUCUACGCCCUCCGAUCUGUUGUCCCGACUGUGUCAAGGAUGGACAAGGCGUCCCUCCUAUCAGACGCUGUUUGCUAUAUCAACAAACUGAAAGAAAAAGUCACGUAUCUUGAAUCUCAAUUACACCGUCGUAACAAUCACCAAGGGAAACCCAAGAAAAUGAAGGUGGAAAUGGUUGAUACAAUGGAAAAUCACGAACAAAACAGCAACACUGGUGAUUUGUACCUAUCUUCUAAGAAAACAUCACGUGUUAACAAGACAACCAAAAAUAAAACAAGUAGCUUGAAGGAAGUGGAAGUGAAGAUCGUUGGCAGUAAUGUAAUGAUACGGGUACAAUCGGGAAACACAGACGUACAGGCUGGGAAACUAAUGGAUGCUCUAAGAGAAAUGAAAGCACAAAUCCAGCAUGCAAGCAUGUCGUGUGUGAAUGAGAUAAUGUUGCAAGAUGUGGUGGCUAGAAUCCCUGAUUCCAUGGAUGAAGAUGAACUAAAAUCUAUUCUCAUUUGGAAAUUAGACCACUAAUCACAUAUAAAGCAAAUUAGUAGCAUGUGUUAGGUUUGAAUUGAUGUCAUAAUAAUGUUGUGCUAUUAGCACAUAUAUAUGUUGUGCAAUAUUUAUGUUUGUGGCUUAAAGAUGUCAGUGAGGGAACAAACUAAGCUUUAUUAAUGAAAACACUUCAUUAAGUUUUUA